GUUUGGAGGUAAUAUAUUCAAAUGAUAUGAUGUCACUUAUACAAACUACACCUCAGACAACUUUGUUUUUACGUUAUUUACAAUAUCCAAACAAAAAAAAAUACGAAGGAUAAUCUUGUAACUUGAAAAUAGUAAAAAACUUAUAAAAAAUUGAAUGUUUUUCUGAAAAUAAUUCAAUGUUGAUUUCAACAAUUUAGAAACUAUGUUUUUUUCUCUUAAAAGAUUUUGACAAAAAUACUUGUAUAACAAUAUGAGUGUAUACAAUGCACAUCACGAAUAAAACUAAAAAAUCAACGCUUACUUUGGUUAUAAACUUCACUUUAUUAAUGGUGCAUCAGAGCACCACUGGGCAGAUGACAACAAAAAAGUUUGACGGUCAUUGCGUCAUCAUUCUUGUUCUGUGUUCAUCCCAGGCAGACCACGUACGAAAGUGUUGUUUACCAUCUAAUUGAAAUUUUUCGUGAAGAACGAAAGGCAUUUUUUCGUGAAAAAUGAGCAGCAGUGAAAGUGAAUUCCUUGGUUUUUCGGAAGACGAAUGCGAGUGUGUAGUUCCGUCGUUGGAAAACACCCGAAACGAUGAAGUUUCGAGGUACUUCCGAGCUUUUGCGGAUGCUCCGGAGCCUGAAUCAGAUAGUGACACUGAAAAUGUCCUUGCGAUUUGCAUAGAAGGGGAUGAGUCUGAAGUGGAUUUUCUCAGCGGCUCAGAAGACGAAGAACGAGAAAACUAUUCCGUGAAGCCGAUCGAUCCUUCUCGGUUUUAUGGGAGAUCUGACACUGAACAUCAGGACGAAAUCAUUCUACCCGAUUCUACUCCUUCCGUUUCUUCAAAACCCAAAGCGAAAAAGAUUAAUAAAUCAACUGCCAAGAAAACAAAGAAGAGCCGGAUGACAACACGGGCUACAGCUGCAAAGCAAAAACGCCACAAACCUCGAUGGCAACCACUUGCAAACGAUGUACAAAUGCGAGAAGUUCCACAAUGUGGUCUGACACUCUCUGUUCCUCCGGCAAAAACAUGGACUCCAUACCAAUAUUUCAGGUCAUUGUUCGACGACGAAAUUAUUGAAAAUAUAACCAAACAAACAAAUAUGUAUUCGGUAGAGAAGCUUGGCGAAUCGAUUGAAGUUAGUAAAAAUGAAAUCGAACAGUUCUUGGGUAUGCUGCUUCUAAUGGGCAUACAUAAAGUACCCAACUAUAGGAUGAACUGGGGAACUGCUACCAGAUACGCACCGAUUGCAGACGUCAUGACAAGGAACCGCUUUGAACAAAUAAAACGCAUGCUGCAUUUCGCCGACAAUUCUCGAAUGAAGCAACGAAAUGAACCAGGAUAUGACAAACUUUUCAAAGUGCGGCCAUUCGUAACUGCAAUUCGCCAAAAUUUCCUUCGUAUAGAACCGCUUCCCGAGCAAUCAAUCGACGAGAUAAUGAUCCCAUCAAAGGCACGCUCGCCUCUUCGUCAGUACAACAAGAACAAGCCUCAUCGGUUCGGAAUCAAUGUCAAGGGACGUGCAGGAAAAGAUGGAAUACUUCAUGAUUUCGAUAUCUACACAGGAAAGUCAGGCGAACAACCUAGUGGAGAUUGGGGCAUCAGUGGCGAUGUAGUUCUGAAGCUUGUUGCAACCCUACCUGAACACAAACAAGUACGAAUUUUUGGUGACAACUGGUUCUCAUCUUACAGUCUGGCAAUGGAACUGAAAAAUCGCGGAUUCCAGUACACCGGGACCAUUCGUCCAGGAAGGAUUUCCAACGCAAACUUCAUAGCAGACAAAGAACUGAUGGCGAAAGGACGCGGAUCAUAUGAUGCCUAUAUUUCGAGUGAUAAUAUCAUAAUCGUUACAUGGUUUGACAAUAAAGCGAUUCAUCUUAUAUCAACGUACAACGGAGUCAUGCCUUUGGACAUUGUCAACCGCUGGUCAACUGCACAGAAGAAGUUCAUCUCCGUGGAUAGACCGAUGAUUGUACGCGAUUACAAUCAGAACAUGGGCGGGAUCGACCUCAACGACUUUUUGGUGGCGCUCUACCGAACGAGUAUUGGAACCAAAAAGUACUAUAUGAGGAUUUUCAUGCAUUUUUUGGAUGCUGCCAUAGUAAACGGCUGGUUGCUAUAUCGCAGGCAUACAGAACAACGAGGUGAUACAAAUCACAUGAGCCUACUCGAUUUUCGUAUUGCUGUGGCUGACUACCUCAUACUCUACGGGAAAGCAGUAGUUAAACGUAGGGGAAGACCGACUACAAAAAUUGUGCGUACACGAAAGAAACAUCGGGUAACAAGAAAAGUUGUUCCGGCGGAGGCUAGAUUUGACAAUUUUGCUCAUUGGCCGGUUGUGCUAAACCAACGAGUACGCUGCUUCCAUUGCGAUGAACGCAAUCAUUUUACAAGCUUUGGAUGUUCGAAAUGCGAUGUUCCAUUAUGUGUCCUACAAGAUCGAAACUGUUUUGUUCAGUUCCAUAACGCAGAUUGAGAACUAAUUCGGCCAUAAUUCGAUUUGAUGCAAAAAUUUGUUAUUUUGUUUUCAUUUACAGUGCUCUUUAACUAUUAUUAUAUUAUUGUUUUAUGAUCUGAUUCGGAAAUGUUGGAUUAAAUAAAUCUUUUUAAAUAACACCAUAAUAACCUGUUGUGCCAGCACUCGCAUACGAAUAGAAAACCCGGGAAACUCAGUAAGAAUGGGAAUAUUAUGCGAGUGGGCAGUAUUUCUCUUCGAACUACAAAAAUGUAAUAGAAAAAGAUAUAGAAUAAAAUGCUUACUAUAGUAUAUAAAGUAUAAUCUCUUCGUAAAAAUUUGCGAAAAAAAAUCAACCUAAAACCUUAUAUAACAAUAAUUAAAUUGAAAUGCAUUGAGAAGAUUAAUAUUUGUGCAAUGUAUACAUAUAGUUCACAAAUUUGUUUUAGACAGUUUUUCCUAUUAAAAAAAAUAAAAAAAUAAAAACAAGAAAAAAGUCGCUCAUAUGCCCAGUGGUGCUCUAGAGCACCACUUUAUUUUCGAUCAAUUUGAAUUGUAUGCUAUAAUUUAGCAUUAAAUAUGACUGUUUUGUUCCACCAUUUUUGUUGCAUAGUGAAUUAUCUAUUUAUUUUGGUCAAAAAAAGUCGUGGGAAGGAAAGGGUUGUAUG